AUGAGCAGUAAAAUGGCGUUUACUCUCACAAGCCCUCGAUUCUUCUCCUCCGUUUCUCGCAAACCCACCACUCGUUUAUCUCCUUCGAGAUCACAGUUUCCUGCUCACUUCACCUCCCAUGGAGAACGAUCGAUUUCUCUCAGAAGAAGACUUCUCUUAUUGCCCAUCAAAGCUACCACUGACCAAUCAGGUCAAGUGGGUGGAGAAGAGGUCGAUAGCAAGAUCUUACCUUAUUGUAGUAUCAACAAGAAUGAGAAGAGAUCACUUGGUGAAAUGGAACAAGAAUUUCUCCAAGCGAUGCAAUCAUUCUAUUACGAAGGCAAAGCGAUUAUGUCUAACGAAGAGUUUGAUAACCUUAAAGAAGAGUUGAUGUGGGAAGGAAGCAGUGUUGUGAUGCUAAGUUCUGAUGAACAGAGAUUCCUUGAAGCUUCAAUGGCUUAUGUGUCUGGAAAUCCAAUCUUGAGUGAUGAAGAAUAUGAUAAGCUGAAAAUGAAACUAAAGAUGGACGGUAGUGAAAUUGUGUGCGAGGGUCCAAGAUGCAGUCUUCGUAGUAAAAAGGUUUACAGUGAUCUUGCUAUAGAUUAUUUCAAAAUGUUCUUAUUGAAUGUACCAGCAACUGUUGUAGCUCUCGGACUAUUUUUCUUUCUUGAUGACCUUACGGGUUUCAAAAUCACUUACCUGCUUGAGCUUCCAGAACCAUUCAGUUUCAUUUUCACUUGGUUCGCUGCGGUGCCUGCAAUUGUAUAUCUGGCACUAUCACUUACCAAACUCAUCAUCAAGGACUUCUUGAUCUUGAAGGGUCCUUGUCCAAACUGUGGAACAGAGAAUAUAUCAUUUUUUGGAACGAUACUAUCCAUCCCCAAUGACAGUACCACCAACAAUGUCAAAUGCUCCGGCUGUGGAACGGAGAUGGUUUACGACUCGAGUUCUCGUCUAAUCACAUUACCAGAAGGAGGCAAAGCUUAA